AUGCUAGAGCCUGAGGAACUGGACGAAGCUUCUAAACGUCUACUUCACAGCGUGUUUCUUCCACGACAAUUAAAUGGUGUUGUGACUCGGAUCCACAGCCAACGACGUGUUCGGAGGACCGUGAUCCGUUCCCCACCAAACCCCGGCGCCACCAAUAAAGAUGGCAUAUACUUAGAAGUGCCGGAACCAAGGGAGGCUGAGUUUUUGGCUCUGUUACAAGAACAACUGGAGGUUAAUUUUGAAGCUGACACUUCCUUGUUGCAACAGGAACUGUUGGCUCAAGUCCCUCCACAGUCUCCCCAUGCCAAUGAGGUGGGCCACAUGCUCAGCGCAGAGCCUGUGCACAUCACUCUCAAUCCUGCCAAACCUCUCCCUUGUGUUCCGCAGUACCCUAUUUCUAAAGAAGCCGAGGAGGGCAUUCGACCUGUUAUUACUUCCCUCCUUAAACAAGGAAUCAUCAUCCUGACCCGUAGCACAUGCAACACUCCUAUCCUUCCUAUUAAAAAACCCGGUCGAGAUACUUAUCGCUUUGUACAAGACCUUCGUGCUGUCAAUGCUGCAGUCCUACCUACUUCACCUGUUGUUCCCAACCCAGCCACUAUAUUAUCCUGUAUUCCUGCUACUGAUACUCACUUUACUGUAAUAGACCUCUGUUCUGCCUUCUUUUCUAUUCCUAUUCACCCUGAUACAGUACAAAGACAUCUGUUCAAAUCCCGAAUUAACGCCAUCCUCCAAGUCCCUAAACCAACUACCCUGAAACAAAUGAGAGGAGUUUUAGGGAUGGCUGGGUAUUGCAGGCAAUGGAUUAUGAGUUAUGCCUCCAUUGUCAAACUUCUACAGGCCCUUACCCUUAAUUCUACUCCCGAACCACUACCUUGGCUUCCAGAAGCCGAACAAGACUUUAUUCAGACCAAUCAAGCCCUCGCCAGAGCACCCACUUUAGGACUUCCUGAUUACAAGAAACCCUUUACCCUGUAUUGCGAUGAACGAGAUGGCAUUGCCCUAGGGGUGCUCACUCAGCUUCACAGUGACAGGCAACGCCCCAUUGCCUAUUAUAGCUCUGUCUUAAACCCUGUUGCAGCAGGACUUCCGCCCUGUCUCCGAUCUAUAGCUGCUGCUGCUCUACUUGUUGAAAAGGCUGAUUCCUUGGUUCUUGAACACCCAUUAACUGUUGCUGUUCCCCAUGCUGUUAUGGCCCUGCUCCUGAAAGGCAAAACACAACAUAUUUCUAACUCCCGACUUACCAAAUAUGAAAAGCUGCUUCUUUCAGCUGCCAGUGUAAUUUUAACACGCUGCUCUAUCCUGAAUCCUGCUUCCCUACUUCCUACCCCAUCAGACGGAGAACCUCAUGAUUGCCUAACUGUAACUACCCAGCUUUUGACCCCUCGUAUCGAUCUUAAAGAUACACCACUACAGAACCCAGAUCUCCUGCUAUAUGUAGAUGGCUCCUGCCUUAGAAACUCCAAGGGACAGCUCACUGCUGGCUAUGCAGUCUGUGAUCAACACCAAGUUUAAGAAGCUUACCAGU